AGCUUCAGUCACCAAGAAGGUCGCCAGGCUCACAUCACACAGAUUUCUCCGUGUUAACAGGUUCAUAAUUCACCAGCUAUGGCUUACAAUCCCCAACAACCAGGGGUAGAAAAGCCCAUGACAAACUGGGACACCCAUCUCUUUGAUUGCUUUGUGGACUGCAGUACUUGUUGCUAUGGUUACUGGUGCUGCCCUUGCCUUGCCUGUACAGUUUCAGGGAGCUUUGGAGAGAACUAUUGUCUCCCACUAUGUGACAUUUGCAGCCCUGCCAUAAUGUCAGCCUGCGGAAUACCUCUGUGUGCUCCCCCAGCGCUCUUGUCUCUAAGGGCUGGCCUUCGAAACAGAUAUAAUAUCAAGGGAUCUCUCUGUGAGGACAUUGCAGUUUCCUGUUUCUGUGUCUGGUGCGCCUGGUGUCAACUGCAACGCGAGUUAAAGCACCGCAAAAAGAAUACCGCCAUCAUCGUCAAUAUGCAGCCUCAAAACGUUAUCAACAUAAUGCAGCAGGGUCCAGUGGUGAAUUCCCAACCUGUUUUUGUGGGCCAACAACAGCAACAACCACAACCUGUUUUUGUGGGCCAACAACAACAACAACCACAACCUGUUUUUGUGGGCCAACAACAACAACAACCACGAAAGGCUGAGGGUGACGUAGGCCUUACUUGGCAAGAGGACCUUAGUAAUUAA